GACGAUAGAUGGCGAUAACCAAUCUGUAGAGAAGUAGAAGAAGAAGAAGAAGAAGAAGAAGAAGGAGAAGUAGAAGAAGAAGAAGAAGAAGACGGAAAAAGAAGACGAAGAAGAAAAUGUAAUGUAACAUCACAUUAAGGUGUGCUGGAAAUGAGUUGUGUUUUCCACCUCCUGGUUUCCCGCGGUGACCUUUGCCAUGGUCGUUUACUGCUCGCCUUGUCUGGACGGUCCCUGUUGUUCAGAGCACUCAGCACCAGUCUGCAGAUCAGCCGCAGCCUGCAAGAGAGCUACAGGCUUCUGCAGCUGCCUGACGAGGGACACAGCAGUCCUGUGCAGGUGAAAGAAGCUUACUUGCGCCUAGCCAAGCUUUACCAUCCGGACUCUGGUUCUCCAACUGCAGAUGCAGUGCUGUUUGCGCGGGUCGAAGAAGCCUACCGAGCUGUGGUGGCACAUCAGCGCCAGAGCAGACAACCUGAUUUGGGGAAGGAGGUGGAAGAUGAGGAGCCCAGAGGUACAGCAGUUGCACACAGACACUACCUCAGCUAUGAGGGCGUGGGUUCAGGCCCGCCCAGCCAGCGCGAGCGUCAGUACCGGCAGAUUCGUGUCGACCGAGCAGCUGAGAAGGUUUUGGACUAUCGGCAGAGGGAGCACGAGAGGUCAGCUGCAGCAGAGGGGGCGCUGGUGGAACGCGAUAUGCGUCAGCGCAGCCGGAAGAUCAAAAUCACCCAGGCUGUGGAACGGCUUGUGGAAGAUCUAAUCCAAGAGUCCAUGGCUCGAGGAGACUUCAAGAACCUGAGUGGAGCUGGAAAGCCCCUCAACAAGUUUGAGCACAAUCCAUAUGCUGAUCCUAUGACCUACAACCUGAACCGAAUCCUCGUAGACAAUGGUUACCAGCCGCCGUGGGUCGUCACACAACGCGACAUCCGAGAGACCGCUGCAAAGAUCCGAAAUAGGUUAUUGGAGGGGAGGGCCAGACACGGUGACCCCAUGAGCCCCAGAGAGCACAGCCAGUGGGAGCAGCUAUGUACAUCUGUAGAGGAGGAGCUGGCGAAACUUAACAAGGUAGUGGACAAUUACAACCUCAUCGUGCCAAUGCUCAGCAUGCAAAUGGUUCACUUCAGUUUGUCACGAGAGAUUGACCGCGCUGUGAAAGGAGCUCGCCAACACAGACUGGACCAGCAGAGAGAGAGAGAGAAAGAGAGAGAGAGGAGGAAGGAAGAGAAAAAAAGAGCCAAUGCUGUUACGAAGCAUAAACAUACAAAACAAGGCCUGAUGUCUUGGAUGAAGAAUUUGCUGAGAUUGAAACACUAAAACUCUGAAUCCAAGUAAACAGGAAAAUAUUUCA